AUGCCUUCUGGUCUUAUCUUUAUCACUGGUGCUACUGGUUUCAUCGGCAGCGCUGUCGCCCUCACAGCCCUCAAAGCAGGCUACAGACUGCGCAUCAGCAUACGCAAGGAGUCACAGAUCCCCAAACUCAAGAAGCUCCUGGCGCAGUUCGAACACCAGGUAGAGUUCAUUGUCGUGCCCGACAUCACUCAGGAGUCUUCGUUUGCAGGGAAGCUGGACGGAGUCGACUAUGUGCUCCACCUCGCCUCGCCUCUUCCCCAUGGGACGAAUAAAGAAACAUACUUUGGUCCGGCUGUCAAGGGCACCACGGCCAUUUUGAGAGAAGCCGCCAAAGUCAGCUCUAUCAAGAGAGUCGUGAUUACUUCGUCUAUUGCGGCACUUAUCCCUCUCACAGGGGUCCCAGAAGGAGGGGUCAUCAGAGAGAACAACAAUUGGGACCUGGCGGUCGAUGCAAAUGCCGACUUCACGGGCCCGGAUGAUUCCGCCACCUCAUUCGCACUUUACCACGCCUCCAAGCUGCUGGCAAACAACGCCAGUUGGGAAUUCAAAAACACCGAGAAGCCACAUUUCUCCCUCGUCACUCUCCAUCCUGCUUUUGUCUGGGGACACAAUCAUGUGCAGGCUAGCGCGGAGGAGGUCAAGGGUGGUACCAAUGGGAUGCUCUUUGGAACUAUCAUGACCGGCAAGCCAGCUGGAAGCGUUACUGGGGUGCAUGUCCAGGACGUGGCCGAGGCACACAUUAAGGCCCUGGAUGAAUUGGUGCCGGACGGGUCCAAGGUCUUGUUGGCAGGUCAAAAAGCAUCGUGGAGUGAUGUUGCUCGCAUCGUGAAGAGAGACUAUCCGGAGAUUGGAGCCAAGAUCACGGAGGAUAUCCCGGGACAAUCUUAUCCUCUGGAUACAGCCGAGGCGGAGAAGGUCUUGGGGAUGAAAUGUAGGUCGCUGGAGCAGAUGAUCAAGGACGUGGUGGAGCAGCAGUUGGGGUUUAUGAGACAGGCGAACAUGUAG